GCUGACCCGCAGCCUAGUCUGGGGGAGCGAGCCAUGACGACGCUGCGGGGGCUCUGGCCCGAGGUGCAGGACACCUGCACCUCGCUGGGUUUGAUGCUGUCGAUCGUGCUGUCCGUGGCGCUGGCCCGCGGGGUCCUCCAGCGGCACGUGCACCGGCCUACGGCCCACGCCUUCGUCUUGGAGUUUCUGGCCACCUUCCAGCUCUGCUUCUGCACCCUCGAGCUGCAACUGCUGGGCGAGCAGGAACCCGCGCACCCCACCUGGUCGCUGACGCUAACCUACUUCUUCUCGUUGGUGCAUGGCCUGACUCUGGUGGGCACGGCCAGCAACCCGUGCGGUGUGAUGAUGCAGAUGAUGCUGGGGGGAAUGUCCCCCGAGACGGGGGCGAUGAGGCUGUUGGCUCAGCUGAUGGCUGCUCUGGGCAGCAGGUACUGUAUAGGCGCCCUGUGGAGCCUGGGACUGACCAGGUAUCACGUCGGUGAGAGGAGCUUCGCUUGCAGGAACCCCAUGCACGUCGACUUGCCCAAAGCCGUCGUCGUAGAGGCCAUCUGCUCCUUUAUCUUCCACAGUGCCCUGCUGCACUUCCAGGAGGUCGGAACCAAGCUUCGUAUCCACCUGCUGGCAGCACUCAUCACCUUUUUGGUCUAUGCAGGAGGAAGUCUAACAGGAGCUAUAUUUAAUCCAGCUUUGGCACUUUCACUACAUUUCAAGUGUUUUGAUGAAGCAUUCCUUCAAUUUUUUAUAGUAUAUUGGCUGGCUCCUUCUUUAGGUAUAUUGCUGAUGAUUUUGACAUUCAGCUUGUUCCUUCCAUGGCUGUAUGACAACCAUACAACUAAUAAGAAGGAGUAACUAUUCCAAAAGACUCAGACUAAGUCAUAAGACAGUCUAGUUGGACGUGAUAAAGACUUUGUCUCCCCAGAUUCAGCACACUGGCUGCACUGGAUUCAUCAGUGUCACUUCCUUGAGGAAGCUGCCUUAGUUUUCAUCACUGGGACUUAAAAAAUUACUAUGAAAAUGAGGCAUCCUGUAUUUCUCAGUUAAGACUUGUUCUUUUGAGUGUGUAUUAAAUGCUGCUAGCAGAGACUCACUACA